CAUUCUAUUCUCUCAUCUCUCCAUCGCCCUCUCCCAGUAGCCGCUCGACUCCCUCUUCUUCGCUCUCUCGCUAUCCCGGAGCCAGUGCCACCCAGAUUCGCGAGGUUCACUCCGGUAGCCGUUAUAUCGGGGCUUCCUGUUGUGCACCUACUCCCGUUAAGUCGUCAUUCAGUCGUCAGGUCGGGGACCUCAUUCAGACUCGUUAAAGUUUCCCUGGCAAACGCGAAUCUCGAGCCGUCAUUGAAUCUUCGUUACCCUGAAAUAAUAAGUACAAGCUGGAGUUCGUCGGAGUACUGGAAAGUACUGGAAAAAGCAGUCAUUGUUUUUUAAGAAAAUCUUUACAACGUUGAAUUAAGGAUCUAGAUUUUUUUUUCACGACAUUAAAGUGCUUUCAAGCGAAACAGUGCCCGUGGCGUGAUCGAUUGACUAAAUUAUAAUUUUAUCGAUUCCAAUAAAGCGAAAGUAUAUCGAUCGACGAUUCGAAUGCUACGAAGAUUUACCGACUGCUAGAUGAGCGGUUGACCUGCUGAUUCGGCUGUUACGUAAGAAGAAGGAAAAUGCUGGGGCACGGUAGCGUCCCUCAAGAGGGUUCUGGAUAUCUGAAGCGUGCGAACAGUGAUCGCCUCCAUGAAAUAUUUAAUCAGUAUGCGACGCACGAGAAGAAUGGCGAGAAGUUCAUGACCCCUGCUGACUUCGUGCGGUCUUACCUUGGCCUUUAUACGAAUACCGAUUACAAUCCCGACUCGGUCAAGCUGCUUGCUGCCAUCGUUGAUACCAGCAAAGAUGGCCUCAUCUCCUUUACCGAGUUUCAAGCCUUCGAGGGGCUGCUUUGCGUACCGGAUGCCCUUUAUAGGACAGCUUUUCAGCUGUUCGAUACUAAUGGAAAUGGAAUGGUUGCAUUUGACGAGUUCGCUGAGGUGAUGAAGAAAACCGUACUGCAUCAGAGGAUGCCGUUUAACAUGGAUAGCGAUUUCAUUAAAUUAUAUUUUGGCAAGGAUAAGAAGAGACUUAUUACGUAUGCCGAAUUCAGUCAGUUUCUUCAUGAUUUUCAUGAGGAAUACGCAACGGAAGCUUUUAGAAAAUUUGAUAAGGACGGCGAAGGAUUCAUCUCGGCUGUAGACUUCCAGGAUAUAAUGCUUAGUAUUAAGAGUCAUCUGCUCACUAAGGAAGUUAAAGAGAAUCUUUCUGCUGUUGUACAUGCUAGUCAGACUGGAAAGAAAGUUAGUUUUCCUUACUUCAUGGCGUUCCUUUCUCUGCUCAACAAUAUGGAGCUUAUCAAGCGUAUCUACCUGAAUGCAACAAAUGGUCACAGGAAUCAGGAAGUAACCAAAGAGGAAUUUCUUCAUUCCGCACAAAUGAUGUCGCAAAUAACACCGUUGGAAGUGAAUAUACUUUUUGAACUUUGCGACCUUCUUCAUCAGACCGGGUCUACGGAUGAUCCUGAGGCGGAUACGCGGUUGGGAAAAAUCGUGUACAACGAUCUCGUGGUGAUUACACCGGAACAGUAUUUCAGGCAGAUCACAAAGCGUCUUGCGGAAAUCAAAGCAGUAUCGAGUCCCGAAGAGCGUGGAGUUAUCGUUCAAAUUUUGGAAAGCGGAUACAGAUUUGCUCUCGGUUCCGUUGGAGGAGCUGUGGGCGCCACGGCCGUGUAUCCCAUCGAUCUUGUGAAAACCCGAAUGCAGAAUCAGAGAACGGGGUCAUUCAUUGGCGAACUUAUGUACAGAAACAGUUUUGACUGUUGCAAAAAGGUUAUUCGUCAUGAGGGUUUUUUCGGAUUAUAUCGAGGAUUGGUUCCCCAAUUAAUGGGUGUCGCUCCCGAGAAAGCCAUUAAGCUCACAGUCAAUGACUUCGUGCGAGAUAAAUUCAUGGACAAAAAAGGAAAUAUUCUCCUUUACGGUGAAAUUAUCUCAGGAGCUUGCGCCGGAGGAUCUCAAGUCAUAUUCACAAAUCCCCUGGAGAUUGUUAAGAUUCGGCUGCAGGUUGCUGGAGAAAUUGCUGGCGGUUCCAAAGUCAGAGCGUGGUCGGUUGUCAAGGAAUUAGGGAUCUUUGGACUGUACAAGGGUGCCCGAGCUUGUUUCCUACGUGAUGUACCAUUCAGUGCUAUUUAUUUUCCCAUGUAUGCUCAUACGAAAGCGAAAAUGGCCGACGAGGGCGGAUAUAACACACCUAUUUCUCUACUUCUUUCCGGUGCCAUUGCUGGUGUUCCUGCAGCUGCAUUGGUCACACCUGCAGACGUCAUUAAGACUAGGUUACAGGUCGUUGCGAGGGAAGGUCAAACCACCUACAACGGCUUAAUGGACUGCGCGCGUAAAAUCUACAAGGAAGAAGGUGCCAGGGCAUUCUGGAAAGGCGCAACAGCUCGAGUCUUCAGAUCUUCACCUCAAUUCGGCGUGACACUCUUCACCUACGAAUUACUGCAGCGAUUGUUAUUCGUCGACUUUGGAGGAUCUCGACCUAGCGGCUCCGAGCAGAAGGUGCCCGCCAUGGGAGUGGCAGAUGAGAUCCGAUCCACCAAUCCAGAUCACAUUGGUGGCUACCAGGUAGCUCUGCCCAUCUUCAUGGGUAUCGAGACCAAAUUUGGUCUUGCCCUACCCAGGUUCCAGGCUCUCACUGGAAAGUAAGAAGGUCAUCGCUAGACGCAGCUAGAAGCUAUAGGAUGCUUGUAGCGACCCCUUCAGUCAGAUAAAAAUGCGCAUACACAAUCUACGAAUCAGCGAUCCGGUCAUGAGGCGACUAUUUUGAGACAACUUUUUUUACUUUGUUUGCGAUAUUUUUUUUUUGAAAAUUAAGCGCAUCGUCAAAACUUUAUCGGUCUGUGUCAACGUUAUCAAAUGUGAGAAAUUAUUGUAAGGUUGACGAAACGCUUCGUUCUGUAUAUAUGGUAGCCAUUAUCGUUUUCGAUAUAGGUUCGUCUGACGUUACAAAAAGAACUAUGCUUGGACAUACGUUUGGCCUCCGUGAGAUAAGACCUUUUUUUUAUUUUGAGGUAUUACCGUAAAAAAGGUUUAAAGAAAAAGAUGGUAAUAGGAAAGAUAAAGAAAAUCGAGGAUUCAUAAUAUAGACGGUUGAUCCACGUGACUAUAUAUAAGUUCAUGCUCAUGUAUUACUUUUUUUUGAAAAAUUGUAAUUCCACGUGGCCAUAUCGUAGAAUUGAUUGAAAUAUUUCUUUGUGCGAUUCUUUGUUUGCGUAAUGCGAGAGCGAAUCUUUGUGAUUGUGACUGAUAACUGUAAAUAGCAAGAUUCAAUGAACAUUCAGGUUUUAUGUGUUAGUACGCAGUAAGGCACAAAGAAGUAAAAUGAAAAAUAAUUUUUAAACACUUAAGCAGCAAACACAAAUUGCUGUUUAUGCCAGGUCGAAUCAUAAUGUUAAAUUCGAUCGAUAGAAUUUGAAGUUUUUUUACCUGUGUAUCUUUGAUCAGUUGCCAUACUAUAUUGCUAUUGACCGAUCAUUUUGAAUUUAAAUAUAAAGAAGGGGUUCGUUACAUUCUAGCCAUCAAUUCAUCGGGUUCAGUGAUUCUACUCGUAGAUAAAUGUACAUACAAUACAUAAUAUAUAUAUUUAAUAUAUAUAUUAUAUAUAUUAUAAAUAUGAGAAAAAAUGAAAUAUACAUACAUUUUACAACUACAAGUUCAGAAAUCCGUCGCGAGCGCGAAGAGCUCGGAGUCACCUUUUGUUUUUAUACGUGACUAUAAAUAUUUAAUCUCGACACACCUCACCUCGUGUUACUUAGGCUAAUUAUUUCAAAUUAAAUACUCUCGACAUCAAACUACUGAGGAUACCUGCUAAAUGAACCGUCAGCUUCCGGUCGCAGAGUCCUUGACCAGUCGAACGUCUGGAAUUCUUAGAUAAAAAUGAUGGUACAUUCAAUGCGCCAUCUUGUCACGGUCGAUGUUUCUUUUCGAAGUGCGCAUGCGCCGUUUUUAAAAAUGCGCAACUCGAACAACAGACAGCGACUGGGCAAUUGCACAAAGUAAACUAAUUAUUGAGAUAAUCUAUUUUACAAAGCUUCACAAGAGAUUCAUACUAUAUCGAUAAUACAUAGUACGCAUAUGUAACAAUUGACGGAUAUCGUGUCUAUUGACGAAAUUCAAUCUCUGGCGCAAACGUAAUCGCGUCGCGUAACUCUUAUAACCAUUACGAUACAAGAACGGCGGAACUAUAAACGCUAAAAAGAUAGAUAACGUCACCAUUAUCAAUAUCUCAAAACUGUCUUUUACCAAAUGUUAUCAAACGUGAUAAUUUAGAUUUACCUCAAAUGCAAACUGUGAAGAUAUAAAUACAUUUAAAUCAAGCCCCACUUGUGAAUAUCUAUGCUACUCCAGGCAUAUAUUUUAAAAUAAGAAUAAAUAUUAUUUAAGUGA